AUGGCGGCCGGCGUGGCAGCAUGGCUCCCAUUCGCCAGGGCGGCGGCCAUUGGCUGGAUGCCUGUGGCCUCCGGGCCCAUGCCAGCUCCCCCGAGGCAGGAGCGGAAAAGGACUCAGGAUGCGCUCAUCGUGCUGAAUGUGAGUGGCACCCGGUUCCAGACCUGGCAGGACACCCUGGAACGGUAUCCGGACACGCUGCUGGGCAGCUCGGAGCGGGACUUCUUCUACCACCCCGAGACCCAGCAGUAUUUUUUCGACCGUGACCCGGACAUCUUUCGCCAUAUCCUAAAUUUCUACCGCACUGGGAAGCUCCACUAUCCACGCCAUGAGUGCAUUUCUGCAUAUGAUGAAGAGUUGGCCUUCUUUGGCCUCAUCCCAGAAAUUAUCGGCGACUGCUGUUACGAGGAGUACAAGGACCGUAGGCGAGAGAACGCUGAGCGUCUGCAGGACGACGCGGACACUGACACCACGGGGGAGAGUGCCCUGCCCACCAUGACUGCCAGGCAGAGGGUCUGGCGGGCCUUCGAGAACCCGCACACCAGCACCAUGGCUCUGGUGUUCUACUACGUGACAGGCUUCUUCAUUGCUGUCUCCGUCAUCGCCAAUGUGGUAGAAACAGUGCCAUGUGGGUCUAGCCCCGGCCACAUUAAAGAACUGCCCUGUGGAGAGCGGUACGCGGUGGCCUUCUUCUGCUUGGACACCGCCUGUGUCAUGAUCUUCACUGUUGAGUACUUGCUGCGCCUCGCUGCAGCACCCAGUCGUUAUCGCUUUGUGCGCAGUGUCAUGAGUAUCAUCGACGUGGUGGCCAUCCUGCCUUAUUACAUUGGGCUGGUGAUGACAGAUAAUGAGGAUGUCAGUGGAGCCUUUGUCACACUCCGAGUCUUUCGAGUCUUCAGGAUCUUUAAGUUUUCCCGCCACUCUCAAGGCCUGCGCAUCCUGGGGUACACCCUGAAGAGCUGUGCCUCGGAAUUGGGCUUCUUGCUCUUUUCACUUACCAUGGCUAUCAUCAUUUUUGCUACAGUUAUGUUCUACGCAGAGAAAGGGUCUUCAGCCAGCAAGUUCACCAGCAUCCCUGCAGCGUUUUGGUACACCAUCGUUACCAUGACAACAUUAGGGUAUGGUGACAUGGUACCAAAAACCAUAGCGGGGAAGAUUUUUGGUUCCAUCUGUUCACUGAGUGGGGUCUUGGUCAUCGCUCUGCCUGUUCCAGUGAUUGUGUCCAACUUCAGUCGAAUCUACCACCAAAAUCAACGAGCAGACAAACGAAGGGCACAGAAGAAAGCUAGACUGGCCAGGAUCCGGGCAGCCAAAAGCGGAAGUGCAAACGCUUACAUGCAGAGCAAACGCAACGGUUUACUCAGCAACCAGCUGCAGUCCUCGGAGGAGGAGCAGGCCUUUGUUACCAAAUCGGGCUCCAGCUUUGAAACCCAGCACCACCACCUGCUUCACUGCCUGGAGAAAACCACGAACCAUGAGUUUGUGGAUGAGCAAGUCUUUGAAGAAAGCUGCAUGGAAGUAGCCACGGUGAACCGUCCUUCCAGUCACAGUCCCUCUCUCUCCUCACAACAAGGAGUCACCAGCACGUGCUGCUCACGACGACACAAAAAAACUUUCCGCAUCCCUAAUGCCAACGUGUCAGGAAGUCAUCGAGGCAGCGUGCAGGAACUCAGUACGAUUCAGAUCAGAUGUGUGGAGAGAACACCACUGUCCAACAGCCGAUCCAGUUUAAAUGCCAAAAUGGAAGAGUGUGUUAAACUAAACUGUGAACAACCUUAUGUGACUACAGCAAUAAUAAGCAUCCCAACACCUCCAGUCACCACACCAGAAGGAGACGACAGGCCAGAAUCUCCUGAGUACUCCGGAGGAAACAUCGUCAGGGUUUCUGCUUUGUAAGACAAUGGGAAUAGGCUUAAGAAAAAAUUAAGCCCUGGCUGUGGGAAGAAUCUCAGUGUAGAACAAAGAAGAACCAAUAAACCUUUUGCAGAUUAAGACAGCAGAACAAGAAGGUUGGUAGUGAAAUAGAAGUACAGCUCCCAAAGUUGAGGAUGUGAACGAAAACCACCAAAUGGCAUUUCUAGACAGUUUAACCUGUUAUACAGAGGAAUAUUCUGUGGCCCUUUGACUUUGUGAAUGAGCACAAUGAAAUGCCACCUGUUGAUGCUUCUUAUGAUCAGAACUCUUUUUUUAAUAAAACAAAUAAAAUAAAUCUUUGAACAUAAUGUUCCAGUUGAAUGCAAAGCAAAAAAUAUGGAAACAUUUUGAUAAAAAUUUUUCCUGUUAAAACCAUGAACAUUGGCUAUGAGGAAGAUUAUUACAUGUGAAAAAAACUCAUACAACACAUUUGUAUUAACUAAAGGAAACCACCAUAAUGCAUGCUAGAAUUCUUUGGAGCAGUGAUCUCAGUUUCCUUAUGUUGUCUUCAGAAUAGGCAUGAUAACUAUAAUUGUAGAAAGGAGAAAUUUCUGUGCACUUACAACAAACUGAUUGUUCAUGUUUCAUGGUGGGCUGUGCAAAUAAACUCCUUUUAGGACUGCAGUAUUUCUCAUGGGGAUGCUCAUUAGUAAAUCUAAGAUGUUCAGAUAGUUCAGUAUUAAUUAUUGUUUAACCUUGCACCUAGUUAAUGUUACAACUGCAAUAAUUCAUUGUACAUGUAUUGUAUCAAGAAACGGAAUUCUUUUGUUGUACUUUCCAAAUCUUCAUAGAUACAGUAAGAGCCACAUUCAUAGAAAACCUCUGAUGUGGCCUGGUUUUAGGUGACCUUUUAGUUCAAAACUAGUGUCAUAAAUGUUUUUCGGUAGUAUUCGUUGGUCCACUGUAAUCCUGUGACCCAGUGCAUUAUUCAUUCCUGUAUUUCUAUAGCACCUUCCCAUUGCGUUUAUCAUCAGCGGGACUAACGUUUACUGUAGUUCGAAUGACUUUCGUACUUUUGUAUUCCCCGACACAUCACCUUGUAAGUAGAUUACCAUCAAUCCCCUGGUCAAAAACUAGAGAAAAGGAGUUGAAAUUUAUUGAUUAUCUCUAACGUCUUUGCUGUUUAUGGAAAUGCUCAGAUGCUGGAUAUGUCAGUAUGUAUUUUAUGAAGAGUUGACUAGGAUGAAAAUUACAGGAUCAAAGAUCUCAGAAUCUCACUUGAUAUAUGAUUUAUUUUGCUUUCAAUCUUGAAUACAUUUCAAGAAUUACUAAUGUGAAUUAAAACACGGAGAUAAACUGGAGUCUUUGGAUAGGAAUUAUUUGAUGAAAACAUGCCUUCACUGCCAUCCAGGAAGGUAGUACCAGUUUAUCUCAGAAACGUUCCUGUAUUUUUCAAGGUGCAGUCUUCUCCUCUAAGCAGGAGAGGACAGGAGUUUGAUGAUGCAAAGCUGAUUCUCUGUGUACAUUUAAGUGAAAAGUCUUUAUACCUUUUCACCCUUAAAAUAUAUCAGCAGCCAUGUCUGCACGUGACAGUGUAAAAAAACUUUAUGUCAAAUGAAGAGUUUUGUUCAUUCUAAGCCACCACUGUAAGGAGUAAACCUUGGUUUGUAUACACGGAAAGAGUUAAUAAUUAUCCCUCUAUGUAGAGAUUUAAAAAUAAUUAUAACAUCAUAAAGUGAACUAAUCCAACCAUUUUAAAGUAAAGCCAGAAAUUCUUACUUCCCAUUUCUAGAAUAGAUUCUAGAGCAGUGCUACGCACAUAGUAGAUAUUAAUAAACAUUUGCUGAAAGUAAGAUAAACUCAACUGUCUCUUGGGAAGAACUGGCUUUAAUCCUAGUGUGUCUUUUUAAAAGUUACUAAUCUUCCAGCAGCGUAAGUAUUAACAAGCAUAUUAACACCUGCCUCGUGUCACUUUAUGCUUCUAGAGCAAAUAUAUAGUGAAACUCCUUUAAUGGCAUUUAUUGAAAACCUUUUUAAAAAGUAGAUUAAGGAAACAACAAUCAGGAGUACUUGACAUCCUCUGAUUCCCAAUAAGACUUAUUUUCACUGUGUUAAUAUCACAUGAAAGAAAAUGCAGUUAGUUUAUUUUGGUUGACAAUUCUGCCUCCUCUUUUGAUUUAUCACUUAUCCAAAACUAUUAUUAAUUUCUUUAGACUUCUUGAAAAUAUCUUUUUGAUGUUUUAAGUGAUAUUAAAAUAUACUGUGUUGGUGGUGAAUGACUAUUGAAGACUGUGUUAAGUGCAUCUGUAUUGUAAGUGAAAUGUGAUUAUUUCUGUGUAUCAUAUGGAGUAACUAAGGUCAUUGUUUUUGACAAUUUUGUUUGAGAUUCAUAUAUCUUAUUUCAAAGGAUAGCAUAAUAUCUGCAUUAUGCUGGAAAAAUAGACCUUUGGAGAAUACUUAAAUAAAACAUGUGCAUGCUUGAACAGGAUAA